AUGCCGAUGGAUCUUGCGCGUCUCGAGUACUUGUGGCUUGGUGAUAGCACACACCCUAUUGAGAAGGAGGAAGAAUCAACGUCCAUCGUUGACGAAAAGCUAGAUGAAGACGAUGCUUUUCUGCUCACAGAUUUGGCGGGAUCGCAAUCGAAUGAAAUGGAAGACAUGGCACAGGAUGACAUACCUGUUCCGUCUGCGAUGUCGUCGCAAGGGCUUCAGGCCGCGCAAGCACAAGCUGCGAGCGUGACAUGGCUUCGACGGACAGAGUACUUGGGGGCUGAACAACAACGAAAACAACGAUCGGAUUCUAGACCUGAGCAUGAAGUGGACGAGGGACAUGGCGUCGGGGAGGAAGGCGCUGCGCGCCAUUCCAACUCGUCCUCAUCGUCAGUGCGCGCUGAGCAGAUGGCGCGAAUCGAGCAAGGAUUUGUUGCAGCCAACACGCCUAUUGAGUCGCUGGUGCAUCCCAGCAAGCCUCAUGUGCGUGCGACAUCAGCGUACGAGCUGUUGCCUGACCCAGAGACGUGGGCCACGAGUUUCCAAGUUGUGCGCUUUGCUAGUGCCUUGGGACGUGUGGCGCAGGAUCGCGCCGAUCCGCGCCUUGAUGCAGCGAUACUGAGGCCCGUGACCGAUCCGCUGACGGGGCAGCAGCGCGUGUCAAUGUACCUGACAUGUGCUGACACGCUGCCUCAGUAUGGAGAAGACGCCGAGCCAGAGGCAGAUGACAUCGACUCGUCCACACAACAAGCACGUGAGGACGUGGCAGCUGCUCGUUUCAAGAAACGUCGUCGUCUUGGCGUCUUUCCCCGCGUGCCAUGGCUCGAGGGCGACGCCUCGGCGUCCACUGCGGCCGAUGCAAAUGUCUAUGGAACAGGUUUCCGGCAUGUGCGUGAUUUGGAGCCGAUUGAUCAGCCUGCCAGCACGGAUCAUUGGCUUGCUGUGGUCUUGGAUGACCACCGGCCGGAUCCAGCUCCCGAGCUUGCGUCCAUCCAAGUCGAUGCAUCUAUCUCUGCACAGGUAGCAGCCGCAUCGACGAAGGGCGAGUCUGACGAUCUAUUUGGCGACGGCGAUGGCGAACCUGAGUCUCAUCCCGGCGGUCAUGAUGAUAGCAAGCCGCAUGCCGAGCCAGGAUCUCGCGAUGCAACGGACGACGUUUCAUCGACCGUGCCGCCGCAGUCUGCGCAGGAACGCACCCGACAAGAACAAGUGGUGUCGCCUGCGAGUCAGGACCGCCAAGUUGCGUACUACCACCCGAUUGAUAUGCGAUAUGGGCUUCGGAUUCGUCGAACACGCAAGGCCGAGCAGCGUCUGCUUGUGCCGUAUGAAGGCUUCUGGCAUCGGCUCGUUGUUGGGCAUCGUUCAUUGACCGAGCGCGAAAUGGCCGGGCGCUUACUUGUGCGUGAGGGAGUUGACCGGCUGGACAUGGAGGGCGUCGAGUAUGAAGACGAGCCAGAGGAAGCUACCCAGCAGGAGGCCGAGGGUCAAGGUGCGAACGAUGAUCAUGAAGACGAUGACGGCGUGCCGCAUGAGCACGACACGGAUGGUGAGGGAGGCAAGUCGCCUGAUGCACAUGACCGCAUCUUUGACGAGGGGCACGAGAAGGAUGAAGAGAGCGAGGCGAACCAUGACCAUGGCGGUGACGAUGAUAGUGGCGACUCGUCCGAUGACGACUCGGAUCUGCACGUGGCUGGUGAUGAGCUCGCUGACUUGCAGGCUGAAGCGGACCUGCAUCCAGACGACAUGCCGACCGAAGGACGAAGACGACGACGGGGCGGUGCCGACUAA